AUGGCGCUUAAACGCGAUCCAGAGCUUGAUAAGGAAGCGCAAGCAUGGAUUGAAUCAGUCAUCAGUGAGAAAUUUCCAAAUUGUCCUUAUGAAGAUGCUCUCAGAGAUGGAACUAUCUUGUGCAAAUUGAUGAAUAAACUUCAACCAAAUGCCAUUCCAAAAUAUUAUACAGUAGGUGGAGGAUUUCGAUCACGUGAAAAUAUGUCACUUUUUCAAAAUGCGGCUCGUGCCUAUGGUAUACCUGAUCUGGAGCUAUUUCAAACAGUAGAUCUUUAUGAAAAACGUAAUAUUGCUCAAGUAACAGAUUGCAUAUUUGCACUUAGUAGACAAGUGAGUAAAGUAAUUGAAUGA